ACGGAAGAUAACAGGUCCCUAGUUCUUGUGACAUUGCCACACUAAACUGUUGUUUUUAUAACCCGGAAAAUUUCCAAACGUGAUAUUUUUAAGCUUAAACGGAUUAAUAUUUGACAAUGACCACGUAUACAGAUAAGGGAAAGAAACCUGAAAAUGGGAAGUUCCUAGCGUUCGACCAUCUCACCUUUUGGGUGUCUAAUGCCAAACAGGCCGCCAGUUACUACGUGACCAGGUUCGGGUUCGAGCCGCUGGCUUUCAAGGGCUUGGAGACUGGCUCCAGGAAACUGUCUUCGGUUGCUGUCAGAUUAAAUAAGAUCGUAUUCGUUCUCCAAGCGCAAUACGAGCCCGAAGACUCCCAACUUUCAAACGAAGUAGCUUACCACGGCGACUUCGUGAAGGACGUCGCCUUUCAAGUUGAAAAUCUGGAUUACAUCUUGUCGUACGCUAAGAAACAAGGAGCUGUAGUUGUGAAGGAUCUCUGGGAGGAACGCGAUGAAUAUGGGGUGGUCAGGAUGGCCGUGUUGAAGACGUACGGCGAUAACACACACACUUUAGUCGAUCGGACCAACUACAAAGGACCAUUCUUGCCUGGAUACCAACUGUUACAGCAGGAUCCUAUCAACAAAUUCUUGCCUAAAGUGGAGAUAAACUUCAUUGACCACGUGGUCGGCAACCAGCCUGACAACGGUAUGGAAACGGCCGCGUCGUGGUACGAGCGGUGCUUGCAGUUCCACAGGUUUUGGUCAGUAGAUGACAAGCAAGUGUGCACAGAGUACUCCGCCCUCCGCUCCGUCGUGAUGGCCAACUGGGAGGAAACAGUCAAGAUGCCCAUCAACGAACCGGCUGCUGGGAAGAAGAAAAGUCAGAUCCAGGAGUACGUGGAGUACCAUGGGGGCGCUGGUGUGCAGCAUAUAGCUCUUAAUACGGAAGAUAUUAUUACUGCGAUAACAAACCUACGCGCCCGAGGCGUCGAAUUCCUCUCCAUACCCUCAAAAUACUACAAGCUCAUUCGCCAUCAGCUAGCGCACAGUAAAGUGAAGGUAGCUGAGAGCAUAGACAUCCUGGAGAAGCUGAACAUCCUGAUAGACUACGAUGAUGACGGAUACCUGCUGCAGAUCUUCACGAAGAACACGCAGGACCGACCGACCUUGUUCUUGGAGGUUAUACAGAGGAGGAAUCACAAUGGUUUUGGCGCCGGGAACUUCAAGACCCUAUUCGAAUCGCUCGAGCUAGAGCAAGAGAAACGAGGCAACCUGUAAUUUAAUUUUAGUUAUAUGAUUACAAGGUCAACCACCAUAAGUCGUCAGGCCGGAUAAAUAGCUUGAUUAAUGCAAAUUUUAGCGUGUUCUACGCAAUCAAAUAUUCAUUUGACGAAUUUAUACAAGAUUUAUCAAAUCUGUGUUCGAAAAGAAAAGCAACGCUAUUUUUGUAUAAAAAACGGUUCAGUUUUUUUUAGCCAUAACUAUCUAGUAAUAUUUAGGGGUGAGAUGACUUUAAGAAUAACUUUUUUAUGUCGACGAUAUUAUUACGACAUCCAUAAAAAUCCAUAAAACCGGCUCGCGGGCGUAAAUAAACAUAUCCUUCUAAAGUCCCUUUUUACGACAUAGGUAUAAAUUAAGUAGGUACCUAAAUAUUUUUUGUAAGAAAUUGCCAUAUUAGUGUGUAAAAUAAAGUGUAACUUGCAACAAUUGUUUUCAUCGUAAGUACCUUAAUCCUUAGAGCAUUUAACCAACCGGAGACGCCUUGUCUGUAGUUUUCUGUACAAAACAGUCUG